AUGUCUUCGGACACAGUCAGUUUUACAGCCCCGCUUUCCCAGGGGUUCGGCUAUGGGAUUAUUGUUGGGCUGGGCUUUGCCUUUGCCCUGCUGAUGAUCUUCAUCACGUGGGCAUUGAAGAGAUACCAGCAUGAAGUACAGACGUCAGAAAUGUUCUCGACUGCAGGGAGAUCCGUCAAAUCCGGGCUGGUUGCAGCCGCAGUUGUCAGUAGCUGGACAUGGGCUGCAACACUCCUUCAGUCGUCCACAGUCGCAUAUGAAUACGGCAUCUCAGGACCUUUCUUCUAUGCAUCAGGCGCCACUGUCCAGAUCAUCCUAUUUGCAACAUUGGCAAUCGAGCUCAAACGACGUGCCCCGAACGCGCACACCUUCCUGGAAGCCAUACGCGCCCGCUAUGGCACUACCGUGCACAUUGUUUUUACGGUCUUCUGUGUGAUGACCAACAUCUUGGUCACAUCCAUGCUGCUCACCGGUGGCUCUGCUGUUAUGACUUCACUCACAGGAGUACACACAGUUGCAGCCUGCUUUCUCCUGCCUAUCGGUGUCGUGCUCUAUACUCUCUUCGGUGGUAUCAAGGCAACGUUUAUCACAGACUAUAUGCACACCGUGGUAAUCAUCGUUGUGAUCUUCAUCUUCGCCUUUUCCGCCUAUGCGACCAAUGAGAAGCUCGGAUCCCCCGGCGCUGUCUAUGAUGCACUGGUUGCAGCCUCGAAGCGCCACCCGGUCGACGGCAACGCCGAGGGAAGCUAUCUGACCAUGAGAUCCAAGGAGGGUGGCAUUUUCUGGGUGAUCAACCUCGUGGGCAACUUCGGGACCGUCUUCCUCGACAACGGAUACUACAACAAAGCCAUUGCAGCCAGCCCCGUGCACGCCUUCCCCGGCUAUGUGAUCGGCGGUCUCUGCUGGUUCGCCAUCCCCUGGCUCUGCGCCAGCACAAUGGGGAUGACUGCGCUCGCCCUCGAGGGCACGCAGCGCCUGAGCUCGAGCGACGUGUCCGCGGGCCUGGUGCUGCCCUUCGCCGCCGUCGAAUUGCUCGGGUACAGCGGCGCAGUGUGCACCACGAUCAUGAUCUUCAUGGCCGUGACGUCGGCCUUCUCGGCCCAACUGAUCGCCGUCUCCUCCAUUUUCACCUACGAUAUCUACCAGGGCUACAUCAACCCCGAGGCGAAGGGCAAGCGCCUGGUUUGGAUCUCGCACAUGACCUGCGUGGUCUGGGCGAUCGCCAUGGCCGCCUUCUCCACCGGGCUGUACUACGCCGGAAUCAGCAUGGGGUAUCUGUACCUGUUGAUGGGCGUCAUCAUUUCCUCUGCUGUCUUCCCCGGCGCCAUGACCCUGGUUUGGAAGCACCAGAACUGGAUCGCCGCGGCAGUCUCGCCGCCCCUGGGACUGGCCAUUUCACUUAUUGCCUGGCUGGUGACUGCCAAAAAGGAAUACGGGGUUCUCACCGUUGCGACCACCGGAUCGAACUACCCGAUGCUAGCCGGCAACGUCGCCGCACUCCUCAGCCCCGUCAUCUUCUCCCCACUCCUGACCCUCAUCUUCGGCUCCCAGAACUAUGACUACGAAAGCAUGCGCGCCAUCCGCAAAGUCGACGACACCGACGUCGCCGCCGCCGCCCACGUCGACCCGGAGCAGAUCCCGGGCGAGGUGGUGUCGCGCACCGCGGCGCAGGAGGAAGAGGAAACCCGCAAGCUCAACCGCGCGGCGUUCUACUCGCGCACGCUGACCGUCGUCAUGGUGUUUUGUUUCCUAAUUCUCUGGCCUGUACCCAUGUACGGCAGCGCGUACGUCUUCAGCAAGAAGUUUUUCACAGGGUGGAUUGUCGUCGGGCUGCUGUGGCUGUUCUGCACGACGUUCGGCGUGGUGGUGUUCCCGCUGUAUGAGGGCCGCAAGAGUAUGGUCCGCACGGUGCGGUCGAUGGCGUUGGAUGUGAUGGGUAAGGGCGGUCGAAGGGGGAGGCCGAUUGAUGGGGAGGUUGUUGGGGGCGGGAGUGGGACUGUUUCUGGGGUGCAGACGCCGGUGUAUCUUGGAGAUAAGGGGGUCGUGGAGGGGGGAAGUGAGAAGUAG